UGGUUAUAGUAUUGGUUUUUAUAUGUACCACGAAACUUUUAAAUAAAAAACAAAUCGUCGCUCUCUAUUCGGCAAUGCUUUACCUGGACCAUUCCGACAGUUCUGCUAUGCUAGUAGUUGCCGAGAACUCCAACCGCGCCGCAGCCGACGCGUUCGCGUCGACACAGCCACAGGUCGUGACGGUGAUUGAUGUUACCGAGGCGGUGAAGAAGGAAAACGGCAGUGUCACGGAAAAGCUGGUAUUCUUUGGUGGCGUUGAGCACUUUGCCACGUUGCAUCGUGUGCUGCAACCUGGUGGCAACUUGGAAGCGUUCCUCCGCGUGGAAGGAAAUGAAGCAAACAAAAACGCCGUCUUGAUGCAGCUGAUCAUGCAAGGUUUCUUGAACUCGAAUGUCGAUAUUGAUGGAAAUGGCAUACACGCUCGCGCUCAAAAGUCGGGCUUUGUCGAAGGGGCCAGUGCCGCCGUGAAAUUCAUCCCCGUGCAGAAACCAAAAUGGACUGUCUUAGCUGACGAAGACGACGAAGGCGAUAUAGUCGACGAAGACGACCUUCUCGACGACGAGGACGUCGUCAUGUCGCGGGACGACUGCGGCCCGGGCAAAGACGGAAAGAAAAAGCGUCGUUGCAAGGACUGCACGUGCGGGCGCAAGGACGAGGAUGACCAACCGAUCGUUUCCGAGGCCGAACUAAAACAAAUGGUGUCCAAUUGCGGUAAUUGCUACAAGGGAGACGCGUUCCGUUGCGGCGGGUGUCCCUUCCUCGGCCAGCCCGCCUUCAAGCCUGGCAUGGGCAAAGUUGUGCUCAACCUGGACAACUCGGACGACUUUUAGACUGUGUUGUACUCAUUUCCAUAGGCGCCUAUCGAGAUGAAUGUACGAAACCUUUCCCACUACGCAGUCCCCCACUGCCACAAGGGCAAAUAAAUCCAUGGCGCGGUCUUCCGCUGGACUGUUGUUGUCGC